GCCGCCCGGAGGGCUGGUGUUCCGGAGGGAGGGCUGGGCCUCCUGCGCGUCCCCUUUGUGUGGAGCACGGCUGCGUGCGGGCAGCGGGCGGGGCCGGAGGGGCGGGCGGGCAUUUCCGCGCUGCCUCAGCCCCCGGCAGCAGCAGGGAGAGGAGCGGUGGGGCGGCUCGGUUCGGCGGAGAGGGAACCCUACCGCUGAGUGGCCGGUCUGCGCUGAGGCGGGGAAGGUCCGGGAGUGGCCGCGUCCAUGGACUAGCCGAGGCCGUGGAGGGACUCCCGAGUACGGCGAUCGCUACCUCGCCCUCCUCGCAACUUGGCCAAACUUCGCGAGCAGGCUGCUGGCCCCGACGCUGUGCUAUAGAAGAUGCACUAUUACCGAUACUCUAAUGCAGAAGUCAGCUGUUGGUACAAAUACCUCCUCUUCAGCUACAACAUUGUCUUCUGGCUAGCUGGGGUGGCCUUCCUUGCGGCUGGUCUGUGGGCAUGGAGUGAAAAGGGUGUAUUGUCUGAUCUGACAAAGGUCACUGGUCUUCAUGGUCUGGACCCAGUGGUGCUUGUCUUAGUGGUGGGAAUAGUGAUGUUUACUUUGGGAUUUGCUGGUUGUGUAGGAGCACUGAGAGAAAACAUCUGCCUGCUGAAGUUUUUCUGUGGAGCAAUUAUGUUUAUAUUCCUGCUGGAGCUGGCAGCGGCAGUUCUGGCUUUCCUGUUCCAGGACUGGGUGAGGGACAGGGUCAAGGAAUUCUUUGAGAAUAACAUUAAGUCCUACCGAGAUGAUAUUGACCUCCAGAACCUCAUUGAUUCGCUACAGAAAAUCAACCAUUGCUGUGGUGCCCAAGGUCCAGAUGACUGGGAUUUUAACAUAUACUUUAACUGCAGCAGUGAAAGCAAAAGUCGUGAGAAGUGUGGCGUUCCUUUUUCCUGUUGUAUACCUGAUCCUGCACAAAAAGUUGUGAAUACACAGUGUGGCUAUGAUGUCAGAAAGAAGAGCAAGAGUGAAUGGGAUAAUCAGAUUUUUGUCAAAGGAUGCAUCCUUGCUCUUGAAGCUUGGUUACCCCGAAAUAUCUACAUUGUGGCAGGUGUCUUCAUAGCCAUUUCACUGCUCCAGAUUUUUGGGAUUUUCCUAGCCAGGACAUUGAUUUCUGAUAUUGAAGCUGUAAAGGCAGGUAAUGCCUUCUGAAUAUAGAAGUAUAUUUUUCAGUUAUUGGUUGGACACCAAUGUGGAAGAAAUGCACAGACCGUGAAAUACUCCUGUUAUUAAAAGCCUUAUGUGGAUUUUACCCUGCUCAUGCUUUUUGUUAGAAGCUGGUACAAAAUAUCUCCGAAUGCACAUCUGUCAACCUUUUUUCCUAAUGAGACAUCUCAGUGUACCAGCAUUGAUCUCUGAAGAAGAAAUGGAAUUUCUCAAGAUCUUGGCAGAACAGAUUGUACAGAGAUUGUACAGAGACAUGAAACUCCUGUAAAAUCCUUCCUUGAAAGAUUACAGUGAAGAUUGCUUUGUUUUCACUUGCAGCUAUCAUCAAUUCAAAAUACAAUCUUUUCAGGUGUGUUGAUUUCUUCAGAAUCUUGAAAUCAUUUUAAUCUGUACAGUAGACUCAUCCAUUAAUUUUUUGGCAAGAUACCCAGUAACUGUAAUCUUCAUGGUAUUGGAAAUUGGAAAAAGUCACAGAUUUUCUAGUUCUUGAAUUGAUUUUCAGUUGUGCAGAAGUAGGGGUAUUUCUGUUUGACUGGGAAUAACGUAGAUGUCUCAGGAGCAGGAACUUGUGCUCACCAUCAGAGCUUGAGUAACCCAUGCCACUUUGAAAAUGCAAGCCCUUUCUCAAGAGGGGAAAAAUCUGACUAUCUGUAGCAUUAUAUGUUAGAAAUGUCCAUUUCAGUCAAGGGGGUGUGAAUCCCUGGUGCUGUUUCCUGUCUGAAAAAGUGUAAAUAUUCUUUAUUUAUAGAAGAAAAAAACCUCUUAAAUUCUUAGCUUUUUAUUGAUCAGUAAUCUCUUUAAAAAGUUCUGUCUGCAAAAAUUUCAAAAUGCAUCUUGUUUCUGUAGGUAGCAAACACACUUAUGCUGGCUGUUGAUGGUUUUUGCCUUUCCUCUAGUUCCUCUCACAACUGUUAUAUUGAUUUUCACACAUCCUAACUGCUAAUAUCAAGACCGAUGAAAAACAUUUGAAUUCAGCAUUGAUCGCUACUGAAAUCCAUUUUUUUAAUGAGGAAAUACACAUUUAGUGAAAGAUGAGAGUUGUUGAAUUUUUAAACCUUCUGUAAACUAUUGAAUCAUUAGUUCUGCUUGUAUUCAGAUACCUGGUUCAAAUGCCAGUCACAGUAUGGUGAACUGGAAUGAUUUCUUCAUUCUAAUUUUCUGCAUCAAAGUGAACUGCUCACGCUGAAGUAAUUUUUAUUUUUAUUGGAAGAAAACUAAACUCUCCUUUUCCUGUCCUCCCUUCUUGAGGGUUCAAUGGAUGGAUAUGUAAUUCAGUAAGAGUUCCAGUCUUCUUUGAAAGACUUUGUCAUAGUAUUUUUAGCUUUAAGAUAGAAGUAUGUGACUAAAAAGUUCUUGGAAAUAGCUGUAGCUGUCAGUUUUACUGUAGGCCAUAUAAAUAACAUUGUUUAUUGCUUCCAGUGACACCAAUUUUUUCAGGGAGAGCAGGUUUAUUUACAGUGCCUAACAUAGUGUAAAUUUUAGAAAAGUGUAUAUUUUUAUAAUGAUAUUUUACUACGUGUAGUCUGUCUGAAAGAUUUAAUACUUGUAUUUCCAAAGUAUAUGGCUUUCUUAGGAAGCCAAACUUUUAAAUAGCUCUCUGAUGUCCUUUUUUCUAUUACUCAUGUAUUAAUGAACAUUUCACUGGCAAAAGCUCAUCAACAGUGAGAAUCUUUGUGUCUGUAUUGAUUGCCCAGACAUCCUUCUAGCUUUUAAUCUGUGAAGCACUUCACAGACAAUGCUGUACUUCUUGUGUACUUCAGCUUUCAUAGUUCUUUUUCUGGCCAGUGACUGAGACACAACAGGAAAAGGAAGCUUGUCUGAGGAUGCCUGGUUUCCUUACAGUAGCAGAGAAUGGUCUGCUGUUACUCAUCUGAGAAACCUGAAAGUAAAAUAGCUGGAGGUUCAGCAAUGUGUUAUUUUUUUAUUUUUAGCUUUGAUGUACAAUGAGGAAACAACAACAAUAGACCAUUGACCGGAGCACAAGAGGCAUUUCUUUUGUAGAGCCUUGGCUUUGAGGCCUGUAUUACUUAUAUUUUCAAUCUAGUCCAUUAGUAGCAGCCAGAAACUUGCUGCUGUUACUGCUACUUUGCAAACAGCAAAGCAGUGUCCAGCAACCUUGGCUUUAAACUCUGGUGCUUGAAACUUUACACCACCUCAUCAACCAAUUUACUCUGUUAAGGUUAUCCGAAAUAAUCCAAUGUAUGUAAAAUUGGAGAAGGCUCUUUCUAUUUGUAACUUUUGAUUUGUAAAACAUUGCAUUGAAAAUUGCGUCUAGGGGAGUAUAUUUCCCUUUGCCACUUUUUGAUACAGAAAUCUCCUAAUCCUGGGAAAUCAUUUCGGCAGUUGGUGAAAACCGUCACGGUGUCAAAGAUGUCUAUGGAGUUUGUGCACUGAAAUGAGCUGCUGACAAGAGCAAGUGUCAUGGAUCAGGAUUCCAGCGUCUGCAAAUCUUGCCAAGUCGCCUGAAGACAAAUGAAUACUUGGUUUCUUUUUGAAGUACUGUUUGUAUGCAAAACAGAAUUUAAUUGAAGUGCUGUCUUUCCACAGUUUGUUCUUAUUGGCUUUGGCUGUAUUAACACCGACUUUGUGUCAAAUGCUCCAGUUAUUUGGGACUGAAUUCAAGAGGCAUGUUCAACCUAUUUUUGAGGAUCUUUAAAUUCAUGGAGUGAUUUGUUUUCACUGUGGACAAACUCCUCUGCUUAUUCAUUAUCAUUUUUAAAACUCUGGGACUCUAGGCUGCCCUAUCUCUAGAUGCUUUGAAGUGCCACCCCCAUUGGUGGUACACACGGAUAGUGCAAUUUCAGACUUGGAAUGGGAAGGCUUUCUUACCACUUUCUACUGUAGUUAUAUUUAGCAUAUUCUCUGGUGAACUGCAGUGACUUCAUGGCUAAAGAUUUAGGUUAUGGUUUAAAAAAGUCUUGUCAGCAAAAGCGGUUGGGUGUGAGCCUGCUUCUAAAGCCUUGAAGGAGAAGCAAUUCAAUGAUCUCACACGGGGAGGUUUGAUAAAUUGUUGAUGUUGAGAUUUCGGUGGUUGCGUUUGGAACAACUCCACAAACACUACAAUGGAAACAAGGUUUUUAAUGAAGAUGUCCAAUACGAGAGCAGACUUGAAUAACUAGACUGAGAGAAGGAAGCUUUUCAGUGUGAUCAUUUUUAUUUUUCAAAACCAGCACAGUUUAUUUCUGUGAAGCAAUGUAUUUAUUUGUCAGUAUGGUUGACAAUGCAACUGUCCUUUUGUUUCUAUUAAUAUAUCUGCGUUUACCUGUACAUGAAGAGGAGGAUGAAUGUAAGGACUGAAAAAAAUACAGUGACCAAAGGACCUUUGAUUGCCUCCUGAAAACCUGAAUAUUUCUUCCCAAGGGGUCUUUAAUUUUGAUGACCUUCAUACAGUGCCAUGUGGAUAGACUUCUACCUUUGGUCCACUGAGGUUGAUGUGGCAAUUGGCUUAUAUGUAUAAUUGCCUUGUUUUUUGUCUCCCCGUUCCAUCCUUUCUUCUUCCUUCCCCCUACUGCCUGUGGGUUAUCAUGCAGCUUGUACCUUGUUUAGCCAAUGGAAGGGGAGGUUUUGUCUCUUCUUCUGAGAUGGCUUUUCUGAAUGACUUUCAGUAUAUAUAUUUUUUUUUCUCAAGCCUUAAAUUUGAUUAAAUAAAAUUUAAUGUUUUGUA